AUGGCGGACGACAAACACGGUCGUUCGGAUUCGUAUAGAGUGGCAACGGUCACGACGUUAGAGGACGAUAACAAAACUGCAGACGGGAAAACAAAAACGAAAAGAAAAGUCGGUAAAAAGGAAGGAAAUUUGGAUGACCUCAAACAAGAAUUGGACAUCGAUCAUCACAAGAUAACCUUAGAUGAAUUAUACCAAAGGUUCUGCACGAAUCCAAACACGGGUCUAACGUCGGCCAAAGCCAGAGAAGUUUUAGAACGUGAUGGUCCGAACGCUUUGACUCCACCAAAAACAACACCCGAGUGGGUCAAAUUUUGCAAACAACUCUUCGGAGGUUUCGCUCUUCUCUUGUGGAUCGGAGCCAUUCUUUGUUUCAUCGCUUAUGGAAUUUUGGCUUCGACGGUCGAAGAACCUGCCGAUGAUAAUUUAUACCUUGGAAUCGUAUUGGCGGCCGUCGUCAUUGUCACGGGUAUAUUUUCAUACUAUCAAGAAUCUAAAUCCUCGAGGAUCAUGGAAAGUUUUAAAAAUAUGGUACCGCAAUUUGCAACGGUCGUGAGAGAUGGUCAAAAGUUAACGGUGAGAGCGGAAGAAUUAGUCGUCGGUGAUGUCGUCGAUGUUAAAUUUGGCGACAGAAUUCCCGCUGACAUCCGUAUAUUCGAAUCCCGAGGUUUCAAAGUCGACAAUUCGUCAUUGACCGGAGAAUCCGAACCGCAAUCGCGAGGAGUUGAAUUCACUCAUGAAAAUCCACUGGAAACAAAGAAUUUGGCAUUUUUCUCCACGAAUGCUGUCGAAGGUACCGCCAAAGGUGUUGUAAUUUCUUGCGGUGACAACACCGUCAUGGGUAGAAUUGCCGGAUUGGCCUCCGGUCUCGAUACGGGAGAAACUCCCAUCGCCAAAGAAAUCCAUCACUUUAUUCAACUUAUCACGGGUGUCGCUGUUUUUCUCGGAGUUUCUUUCUUCAUAAUCGCUUUCAUACUCGGAUACCAUUGGUUGGACGCCGUUAUUUUUCUCAUCGGUAUCAUUGUUGCCAACGUCCCUGAAGGUUUGCUGGCUACUGUGACUGUGUGCCUGACUCUUACCGCCAAAAGAAUGGCGAGCAAAAAUUGUCUGGUUAAGAAUUUGGAAGCCGUCGAAACGUUGGGAAGUACAUCGACCAUUUGCUCUGAUAAAACCGGUACUCUAACUCAGAAUCGUAUGACCGUCGCUCACAUGUGGUUUGACAAUCAAAUCAUCGAAGCCGAUACAACGGAAGAUCAAUCAGGUGUUCAAUACGAUAGAACGAGUCCAGGAUUUAAAGCUCUUGCACGUAUCGCCACCCUUUGCAACAGAGCCGAAUUUAAGGGUAACCAAGACAACGUUUCCAUUCUUAAAAGAGAAGUCAACGGUGAUGCUUCCGAGGCUGCUUUGUUGAAAUGCAUGGAACUUGCUUUUGGUGAUGUCAUGACCAUUCGAAAGAAGAACAAAAAAGUUUGUGAAAUACCUUUUAAUUCUACAAACAAAUAUCAAGUAUCCAUUCACGAAACGGAAGAUCCCAACGAUAAUCGAUACCUGAUGGUCAUGAAAGGAGCUCCUGAAAGAAUAUUGGAUCGUUGCUCGACGAUUUUCAUCGGUGGAAAAGAAAAAGUAUUGGAUGAAGAAAUGAAAGAAGCUUUCAACAAUGCUUAUUUGGAACUCGGAGGUCUCGGAGAAAGAGUUUUGGGUUUCUGCGAUCUCAUGCUUCCGAGUGAUAAAUUUCCAAUGGGCUUCCACUUCGAUGCCGACGAUCCUAAUUUCCCAUUGACCGGUUUCCGAUUCGUCGGUUUGAUGAGCAUGAUCGAUCCACCGAGAGCUGCCGUACCGGAUGCCGUUGCCAAAUGUCGUUCGGCGGGUAUCAAAGUUAUCAUGGUCACGGGAGACCAUCCCAUCACUGCCAAAGCCAUUGCCAAAUCGGUUGGAAUCAUUUCCGAGGGUAACGAAACCAUUGAAGACAUUGCUCACAGAUUAAAUAUUCCCGUGAGCGAAAUCAAUCCCAGAGAAGCGAAAGCCGCCGUCGUUCACGGAGGAGAAUUGAGAGAUUUGACAUCCGAUCAAUUGGAUGAAAUUCUCAAAUACCACACGGAAAUCGUGUUCGCGAGAACUUCGCCCCAGCAAAAAUUGAUCAUCGUCGAGGGUUGUCAGAGAAUGGGUGCCAUCGUCGCCGUGACGGGAGACGGUGUGAACGAUUCGCCGGCAUUGAAAAAAGCUGAUAUCGGAGUCGCCAUGGGUAUCGCCGGAAGUGAUGUAAGUAAACAAGCAGCCGACAUGAUACUUCUCGAUGACAAUUUUGCAUCCAUCGUGACGGGAGUCGAAGAAGGACGUUUGAUAUUCGAUAAUUUGAAAAAAUCAAUCGCGUACACUCUCACGAGUAACAUACCCGAAAUAUCACCCUUUUUGGCUUUCAUACUUUUGGAUAUUCCACUCCCGUUGGGAACGGUAACCAUUCUUUGCAUCGAUUUGGGAACGGACAUGGUUCCCGCCAUUUCUCUCGCUUACGAAGAAGCCGAAUCGGACAUAAUGAAAAGACCUCCCAGGAAUCCAUUCACGGACAAAUUGGUCAACGAACGUCUCAUAUCGAUGGCCUACGGUCAAAUCGGUAUGAUACAAGCCGCGGCGGGUUUUUUCGUUUAUUUCGUCAUCAUGGCGGAAAACGGUUUUCUUCCCAUGCAUUUAUUCGGUAUAAGAAAACAAUGGGAUUCGAAAGCGGUCAACGAUUUGACGGAUUCAUACGGACAAGAGUGGACGUACAGGGAUAGAAAAGUAUUGGAAUACACGUGUCACACGGCUUUCUUCGUGUCCAUCGUCGUCGUUCAAUGGGCGGAUUUGAUCAUUUGUAAAACGCGAAGGAAUUCAAUUUUCCACCAGGGAAUGAGAAAUUGGGCUUUGAAUUUCGGUUUGGUUUUCGAAACGGCUUUGGCUUGCUUUUUGAGUUACACACCGGGAAUGGACAAGGGAUUGAGAAUGUUUCCGCUCAAAUUCGUCUGGUGGUUCCCAGCUCUACCGUUCAUGCUCACCAUUUUCAUAUACGACGAAGCGAGACGAUUUUAUCUUAGAAGGAAUCCGGGAGGUUGGCUAGAAAGAGAAACGUAUUACUAA